CUGAAAAUAAAGCUAAGAGGAAGCGCAUUAGCAGGAGGUAGCUGAGAACUUGCACAAUCUUUCUACAGUUUGUUACUUUUAAUGCGGUCGUUAUUUCACAACUGAUUUAACAAAUUGAGUUUCUGUGCGUCAAAGCAGCGUUUUUCUUUAGUCAAGUGUUAGCAGCAUCAGCUAUCUAACGACACCGUGUGUUCGACAGCAAACGUGCAGACUGUUAGACCGUAAAGAGCAGCUGUGUUGGGAGAAUCUGAGGAGUCAUGGCGGACCCUGCACGGAUAAAAACAGAAGGUUCAUUUGAAAAAGAGGGCUUUAUCAACGAGGAGAACCCGAAGAACGAACAUGAGUCUGUUCCGGAGACUUCUGCAGAUGACAGCAAAGAACCGCCUACGCAGGAUCAUCUCAAAGAUUUGAAGACUGAAACUGAAGCAGUGGCAGCAGCAGACGAUGAGGAAGAGGGAACCUCCGGUCAGCCUUCCUCUAAGCGACUCAAAGUGGAGCCAGAAAAGAAAAAAGAGAAGCGCCACAAGGUCGACGAGGAUGAAAUACAGAAGAUGCAGGUUUUGGUGUCAUCGUUUUCUGAAGAGCAGCUCAAUCGCUAUGAGAUGUACAGACGUUCCGCUUUCCCAAAGGCUGCCAUUAAGAGGCUGAUCCAGUCCAUAACCGGGUCAUCAGUUUCCCAGAAUGUGGUUAUUGCCAUGUCUGGCAUCGCCAAAGUUUUCGUCGGGGAGAUUGUUGAGGAAGCUCUGGAUGUUUGUGAGAAGUGGGGAGACACGCCACCACUUCAGCCUAAACACCUGAGGGAAGCAGUUAGGAGGCUGAAGAGUCGAGAUCAGAUUCCCAACUCCAAAUACAAGCACAUCCUGUUUCACUGAGCCUCUCAAGCUGCGCGAUGAAUGAGGACAUUCGUGAUAUUUAAAACCGUUGUGGGAAAAUCUCUGAUUCAUCCAGAGGCUGCUCACAAUUAUUGAUGGAGCCCAGUGUCUGUAAGGGUACAUUGCUGGAAGGCUCUAUGUAUUAAUUUAAAUACUUAUUGAAACAUGUAAAUAUAAGUUUUAUAUCUUUUUCUUUUACUACUUUUUGGUUAAUAUGUGGGUGGUAAGUUCAACCGCCAACAAAUAUUUGCAGCCCCUGAACUUUUUCGCAUUGUCAUGUUACAAGCCAAACUGAAUUUGAGUAAUUUUUAGAAUUUUAUUAGUUUAUGAUAGAUUAACACUUAGGUGGUAAUUGUCAAUUAAAAAAAAAAUAUAUAUAUAUAUACAUAUAUAUAUAUUUAACAAAUUUGGAAGUGUGCAUACAUUUGUAGAAUGGAGUUUGAAUAAGUCUAUUCUUAAACAAGAAUAUGGUUUUAAUUAAACUAGGACCAUCAAACUCCAGUCGUCCUGUCUUAACAUUUUUAGAUGAGGCCUUAGUGCAAGUGUGCCCAUUGCAUGAUAGUGCCACCACCAUGUUUCACCGUGAGUUCAGGAUGAUGUACAGUGUUAAUUGUCCUCCAUGUUUUUGCUUAUGGUUUUAUUUUGGUUGCAACUUAAACUGCAUUUUGUAAAGUUGAAUUGAAACAUGCAGCAGAUACUGCAAGAAAAGACAAUAAAUUCACUUCAAAAA